AUGGAAUCCUCAACAUCCUCCGCUCUCGCCGGCUCCGUCUCCUCCCUGCGCUCCAGCAUGCACCUCCUCGACUCCAGCAUCUCCAUCCUCGACUCCGGGGUGGCCGACUACCCGCGUCUCGCCCGCGUUCUCCAAAGGACCCGUCACUUCGAGCUCGUGUCGGAGCCUUCGUUGCUGGCCGCGCAGGAGGGGCUGCUGUCGGAGAUACAGCCGGAGGUUGACACGCUACUGGGAAGGGUGGAGACUUAUUUGGAUAGGUUGGAGCGGAGGGAGAAGGGGUUGAUUGCGAAAGCUGAACUGCAAGAAGGGCGGUUACGAGGCUCCUCCUACGCUGGAGGCAGUAGUUCUGGCGCGAGGGGAAGCGCGUCAGCGACGUCAGGAGCGAGCGGGACGAAGGAUGCUGUAGGAGGAGCUGACGGGAAGGCUUUGAGCGCGCAAGAGGAGAUGAAGAUGCAGCAGAUGCGGCAAAAGAAGGAGCGACUGAGCUAUGCGGUCAGUCGGUUGGAGUUGCAGGCGGGGCAGCGGGAGAGGCAGUUGAGGAAGAGUAUGGCGGCGCAGUGA